GCUCCCUCUGCGCACUCUGGAGCGCUCUUCUCUUAGGGUCAGACCGGAUUGCAUCCCCUCUUUUCCAGAAGCCUCUCCUUCUCCUUGGGACUCAACCCCCACCCCCCUCACCCACCUCCACAUCAUUACACACACACACCCCAUCCAACCUGAAAAUCAUCGCCUUGGUUUUGACGGCUUGCACUCUCCCGCGAAGUCGAGGUUUUUUAAGUCGUGCUUGUGAUGGAAAGCAGAGAGGAGAUGGUGAUGCUGGCGGAGGGAAGUCAGCUUGGCAAGAGCGGCUCUAAUUUGUCGGGAGUCGUCGGGAGCCCCGUGCGAGAACCGCAGGGGAAGCAAGGCCACAGAAGCUGUCUGAGCCCCGGCGCUGCGCCGUACUCCCGGGACAGAGCGGAGGUGGUGAUGGAAGAGAGCGCACGGAGGAAUAUGUGCGCCGAUAUGAGGCCAGUUGGCACGUCUUCCUCCGGAGAGAGACACCAACGUGAUCAUCCCCACAAAGACGGCAGCAGCUCUGACACAGAGUCGGACUUCUACGAGGAAAUUGAUGUCAGCUGCACGCCUGAAAGCAUGGACUACCCAACAGCUAAAGGUCGAAAUGGGGAUUCUCCGGGUCACCCGAGUGAGACUGGUGCUGACCCGUGUAACAUGGUCCCGGGUCCUGGUUCCCUGUCCUAUGCAGCGGAUCAGAUUCGCCGGUACCGGACAGCGUUCACCCGGGAGCAAAUCGCACGGCUGGAGAAGGAAUUUUACCGGGAGAACUACGUGUCUAGGCCACGGAGAUGCGAACUGGCGGCCGCCUUAAAUCUACCUGAAACCACAAUCAAGGUGUGGUUUCAGAAUCGCAGGAUGAAAGACAAGCGCCAGCGUCUGGCCAUGACGUGGCCUCACCCCGCCGACCCGGCCUUCUACACCUACAUGAUGAGCCACGCGGCAGCCACGGGGAACCUGCCCUACCCCUUUCCAUCCCACCUGCCGCUACCUUACUACUCCCAUCUGGGUGUCGGAGCUGGCGCGGCUCCGGCUGCCACCCCUUUCUCCAACCCCCUGCGCUCCCUUGACAGUUUCCGGAUGCUGUCUCACCCCUACCAGAGGCCGGACCUCCUGUGCGCCUUCAGACACCCCUCCCUGUACCCGGGUCCAACCCACGGCCUCGGUCCCGGAGGAAGCCCCUGCUCCUGUCUGGCCUGUCACUCAAGUCAAUCCAACGGUAUCUCCACCAGGCCAUCGGGUUCGGACUUCGCUUGCUCCCCAACUAGCAGGACUGACGCUUUUGUCACUUUCACGCCUUCAGUGCUCAGCAAAUCCUCAUCUGUGACAAUAGACCAGAGGGAAGAAGUGCCUCUGACCAGAUAAAACCAAAACAAACCCGCUCUUGUUCUAUAUUGCCUUUACCAUAAGCUUUUUAACCUAACAUAUUAUAUGAUCAGGACUAAACAGCAUGAAGAGAUAGUCUGUAAGCAGUGACAGCCAGUUUAACUUUGGGCAAGAUACCUAGCCAGAUCUUCAGCUGACGCACAACGGAUCUCUAAUUACUGAAAAAUAAUAAUCGUAUUGCUGAAAUAGGAGGGCAUGGACACAAAACCAGAUUUUUUUUUUUUUUUAUAAGAUUCAUUUGAUGUGAGAGAGAGGGGGAUCCAGAGAAACGUUUAAUUCUCCGUGAUGGAUUGCGUUACGGUUUUUAUCAUUACAUUUCGUCUCUUUACGCGCUCGCAUCGACCUACAUGUAUUGUUAGUCACGCGAGAAUGAUGCUUUCCAUCUCUCUUUUUAACAAGGGGAUUUGACUGCGGCUCAUUAUAAAGAAGCUCUCCACAACGGGCCGGGCCGAAAUGUGCAGAUGCUAGGGAAAUUAGUAAGUGAUGUAUAUGUACGACCCGGUGAAUUUUGAGUGUUGAAUUAAUGAUAAUACCAGGAAGAGAUCGUUACUGCCAAAAGGUAACAAGGCGCCGGGGGAACGGAUUACUACAGCCAUCACGGUUUGACAAGGGGGAAAGAGAAGAAGGAGGACCCAGAAGAGGAUGGAGAGAGACGGAGAGAGGACAAUCAAAAUGAAUGAUAAAAAUAAUAAUAAUAGUGAACAUUUUUAGGCCAUUAAACAUUCUUACAGUUAAGGAUUGAAGAGCAAGAUCUUAUAGUUAAUGAAAAUGUGAUUAAUAUAUGCCUAUAGGCCUCUUUUUAAAUAUUUUGUCUUGCCUUGCACUGCUACAGUGG